AUGACGAUGGGCGUUUGUGCUGUGGCGCUGUGGUGCGCCGUGGUUGCGGCAGUGGUGACCACCGCCACCACUUACACCGUCGACUGCAACCACGAGUACACCGAUUGUGACACAGAACUGAGUAAAAUGGGUGGUGAAGAUGAAGAGGCUAUCGCAUCACAACAAUUGUCGCACCUCACACUGCCACCGUUUGCUUUCACAUCCGCUACAGUACCCACAAAGGUAUUUCCAGAAACCUCGAGGACUACAACAACAACUACAUCGCCCACAAGAUCUACGUCAGCACCAGUUUCAACUACAGAUUCGAAAGGAGAUGUUGAUACAACGACAGCAAUGUCUGAGAUUAAUGAUCCUAUGUUAAAACCGAAACCAAGAUUACUUGAUUUAAGUGUCGACGAACUACAAAGUUUUGCAAACGCGCUACAUAAUCAAAGUAAUCAAAAUCAUAAAAAAGUAAUUGCAGAUUUAAGUGAGGUAUCUCUUGAUGUAGAUGAAGAUGAAGAACCACCAAGAUUGAUUACAAGUGGACCUAAGAACAAAGAUAUAUCUGAUAAGUUUUACAGCAACCUCCAAAUUCCAUUUAAUCCCUUGCUUUCCAUUGAUAGAUCGGAUGAAAUGGAAAUGUGCAAAGAAAACGAAAUAAUGUACAAGGUUGGCGAACACAUUGAUCGAGGAUGUGAAGAAACAUGUGAGUGCACUGCUACCGGUGUGUUUGACUGUUCGCCGCGUUGUAAACAUCCAUACAUACGCCGAGGAAGGAGGCUCAACGAUCCGCUUUGUUUUGAGUCGCCUGUUGAUGAAUGCUGUUCUCUUAUCGCUUGUGCCUCAGGCACUGGGGAACCCAAGUCAACAACAAUUGAAAUGUGUAGAUACGGAAACGAGACAUAUCCUGUUGGAGCGAAGUGGCAUAUCGGCUGUGAACAAACCUGUAUUUGUGAAGGCAACUCUAUAGUAACUUGCAAACCUAGGUGCAAUCGGCUGCCACUGUCUGAUAAAUGUAUCAAUGUACAAGAUCCCAACGACGAAUGUUGUGAAGUACAAGUAUGCGACGUAUCUUCAGAUGUGCACGAAGAACCAGAAAAUAUAACAAUAUCUUCGUCAUCGUCAACUAGUACAACAACUUCGACAACAUCCACUAGUACCACGCCAGUAACAACUUCAACUUACAAAUCUCCAAGCACUUCGUCUACAACAUACAAAUCUCCAAGCACUUCGUCUACAACUUACAAAUCUCCAAGCACUUCGUCUACAACUUACAAAUCUCCAAGCAGUUCGUCUACAACCACGGUGUCGUCUUCUGAAAAUACAUCUGAGACAGGAAGAUCGAUAUAUUUCAAAGAUGAUUCAUUUAGACCAACAAUGAGACCAUUCGAUUUGUCUGAGCCCAUUGGGUCAGUAAAAGUGUUACAGAACAAUAGUGUACAAGUGAAUUUAAUGCAUAUGAACAAUAGUGAAGAACCGAUCCACUUGUUACUGAGCAGUGAUGGAGGCCGUACAUUUAAAGAUGUAGAACUGAAAUAUACUAAUCUGAUUCUCAAUCUUGAAGGCGGGAAAGAUUACAUUUUGAAAACAAAAGAAACUGGAACGAAAUUCAAUUUUACUAUAACUGCGACAGACGCUGCGGCAAAUGAGGUACAAUUUGAGGAAGAAGUAAGCUCGAUAAAAAUAGGAUGUCAUCAAGAUGGAAAAUUAUAUGCUGUUGGCGAGGAAUUCCACAUCGGCUGCACAGAGCUAUGUGAAUGUACGGGUCCAGAAACUCGGGAGUGCGCUGCAUUGGUGUGCCCGUCUCACGUCGGAUUGGAGCUGGUGUCAAAGGGGUGUGUACGGUGGGCCACCAGUCCACCGGCCCAGCCGCCUAAUUGUUGCCCAAGAAGUGCAAGGUGCUUGAGUGACGGCACGUGUCAUUACAAGGGCGUUGCAGUACCAAAUUGGAGUGAGGUACCGAUUGAACUCACUGGUUGUGAACAACGCUGCUUCUGCGAAAACGGUGAAUUAGAUUGUCAAGAAGUCUGCUCACCGUUACCGGCGUUGCCUCCACAGUCGCUCCGGUGUCCUCUAAAUCAUCGGCCAGCUGCUGUCAACAUAUCGGAUGAAGAUUGCUGCAAGCAAUGGGGUUGUUUGCCGAAUGCCGGAUACAAGAAUGGAUCCAAAUAUCAUACGCAUGUUUUACCAUCGCAUGACGAAAUGCAUCUGCUCAAUUUUGUGACGCCCAUUGCACCUGUUUUACCGACAUUUACUACAUCGGUACUGCCAACACCGCUUGCCACGACAGAGACCACAGACUUCUUUAGACAUUUAAGCCCAGUGAAGACUAGACCUAAGACAAAUAAACCUGCGGCGUCACCACGAGCCCCAGGUCCAAUAAUUGGUGACACAGAACAUCGUUACCAACAAGAUUCACAAGAAUACAUCAAGGGUGAUAACUUGACCGAUUACAAUCCAAAUGACUUUAAACAUAGACCUUUCAAAUUCCUCCAACCAAUACACCCUGUAACGAGCAUUAAUGUUAAUUGGGACACCCCACAGAAACCGUCUAAAUCUAUGCCUGUAGCACCUGUCCCAAUUCAAAAUCAACCAACCCAUAUAAAUUUUGUCAUUCCCGAUAGCAAAACGCAUGAAUUGAUUCAACAGUCUAAGAAUAAUCAUAUAUUAGAAUCAAAAUCUCUUACCGCUCAUGAUGCUUUUAUAAAACAAAUGCACGAGUCUGUUAGUAAAGUCCCCCUUUUACAAUCACAUAAUUUAAAUUUUUUUUUACCAGCUCACGAUAAGAAAUUUCCAAGUCACAUACCAUUUGGUUUUGGCGAAACUAAAACCACAACCCAAAGAGCAAAACCUGCUAAGGAUUUUUUCGAACCAUUGCAUAACCAAUCCUCAGAUUAUCAUAGAAAAUAUCCUAAUCCUUUAACGUACAAAAAUGGUCGUCACGACCACGGAUCACAUGGAAAGCACGUCACUAUUUUGAGAACCAAAGAUUUAAAACCUGUCCGACCUCCAGAUACUGGAAAAAAUAAUAAGUCCUGGCCGCAAACUAAUGUGCAUGUACUGACUAAAGCACCAAACCCAUAUGAGACCGUUUUGUUUCGAGUUUUGCCCGAAGCUAUAACAGAUAUGCAAAAAGUCCCUAGCAAUACUGCUAAGCUUCCAAAAGUUUCAGACAAAAGUUAUUCAACACUAGACCUGGAACAUAUGCUCUCCCAAAUGGAAGUGGAAUCAGAAGUGAACAGAAAUCUUGGACGAUCAGCUGAUAAAGACUUAGGGGCACAAUCGGCAGGUCCAAUAGCCCAACCAGGUUUCCCACCUAAAUUACCUCGUCCCCAAGAACCUUUCUUGCCUACUGUUAUCCCGGACAACCGUUAUCCUCAAGAAGAUAUUCCAGACUACGAUCAAAAUAAUAUCCAUCGACCUUUAAAUUUAGAUCCUACCUUUACUGGAUUACCACCUGGUUUACCGUUGCCGCCUGCUUAUGGCGAUGACAAUAAGAAGCUAAAGGUUAUACUAUUGCAAGCUGAUUCCGCAACAAGUAUUAAAAUGAUCUUUGGCUUACCGCCAGUGUUGGUUGGAUUGCGGGGAAGUGUCGAUCUACGAUACACAGAUACAGCGGAUGAAGAUGUCUCACAUUGGUACUCUCAAAUUUUCGCGCCAGCUGAUGAGAUCCUCGGCACUCAGAGGUUGGACUUCCGGCUAACAGGCUUGAAACCUUCGACUACAUACAAAAUACGUGGAAAAUUGUACUUACAUAAUCUACCAGUGGAGCCAGAAAGCGACAUAUUUACUGUUCGCACACUAGAUUUACCAACGGUACCACCAGUAGAAGAGAAGCGGCGCGAAAUAGAUAGCAGAUUGGCAGUUGUGGAUGUAAACGACACAACGGCUCAUAUCAGUUGGAGGCACUUUAACGAAGAUGAACUAGAGUUCAUUGAUGGCAUUCAAGUGCGGUAUCGACCUGUGGGCACACCCAUUUAUAGUAUGACGGAGCUACUUCAUCACAGUCGCUCUUUGGCUGAACUUAUUGAGUUGCGCCCCGGGGUCCGGUAUGAAGCAUCACUGGUGUUAAUUCCUCCGCCACGAGCUGUGACAGAACUAUUCGAUCCUUCAAGCGUAGAGUUUACCACUUCACCAUAUGUUGACCCGUACAACUGGUCGGUGUCGGUGGAGGUGCACGCGGUGGGCUCGGAGGCGGCGGAGCUGACGUGGCACGGAGUGCCGGUGCCGGCGGAGCGCUGGGUGCGCGUGUACCGCGCGGCGCACGCGUGCGGCGCCUCCCGGAAGGAGCACGACGCGUUCCGCUUGGCCGCGCGCGACCUGCCGCCCACCGUCACGCUCACCGGCCUCCAGCCCAACUCCAAGUGCCGAGUGUGGCUUGAGCUCUUCCUAACAAAUGGAAAAGUUAAAACAAGUAAUGUUGUGGAAAUUCAUACCAAACCGGAGAAUUCACCUGAGCCCAUAGACAAUGUAAUAGAAGCAUCUUCAAUAGCCGGCGGGCGUGGAACUCCACGCGGCGACUAUUACGGCGCGCUGGUGGUGGUCGGCGUUAUAGCGGCCCUCGGCGCUCUCACCUCACUGCUGCUUCUAUUAGUCGUAGUUCGACGGCAUCGACCACGCUCUGUGCCUAUAACACCUGUGCCAUCAGCUCCUCGGGAGUCAUCGCUGCCACCAUAUGACAACCCUGCGUACAAACUUGAGUUACAACAGGAAACAAUGGGUAAUUGA